AUGUCCGCUGCGGCCGCGCCCAUGGGCUCCGCGGGGCCGCCGAAGAAGCGCAAGCUUCCCUACCCCACCUCACCGGAGCCGGAAGAGGAAGAGGAAACGGCCCACGUCAACAUCGCCGCCGACGACGAGGAGAAGGAGCAGGUGGAGGGCGGCAAGGACGAGACGGGGAAGGGGAAGGAGAGGAAGGAUGGGUCGGGGAUCCUCACGAGCAGGCUCUUCUCGGAGCUCCCCAUCUCCGACCUCACCGCCAGGGCCAUCACGGAGAUGGACUACACCCGCCUCACCCACAUUCAAGAUCAAUCGAUACCGCCUCUGUUGGAAGGAAGGGAUGUGAUGGGGGCUGCCAAGACGGGCUCGGGGAAGACCCUCGCGUUCCUCAUACCAGCGAUCGAGAUGCUCUAUAACCUGCGGUUCUCACCACGAAAUGGGACCGGAGUUGUGGUGGUUUGCCCCACGAGGGAGCUUGCCAUCCAGACACACAAUGUUGCCAAGAAAUUAAUGAAGUACCACUCACAAACUCUUGGAUAUGUAAUUGGUGGCAACAGCCGGAGAGGUGAAGCUUCUCAGCUUGUGAAGGGCGUCAACUUAUUAGUUGCUACACCAGGAAGACUUUUGGAUCAUCUGCAGAAUACCAAGGGUUUCAUGUAUAAGAGCAUAAAGUGCCUUAUAAUUGAUGAAGCUGAUCGCAUACUCGAGCAAAACUUCGAGGAAGAUAUGAAGCAGAUAUUUAGGCACCUUCCUCGGAGUAGGCAGACUGUUCUGUUUUCCGCUACACAAACUUCAGAGGUUGUAGAUUUUGCCAAGCUCUCAUUUGAGAAAAACGAAGAACAAAAAGGAACCCCCGUUUAUAUCUCAGUUCAUGAUGUUAAAUCAAAAGCUACUGUUGCAGGUUUACAGCAGGGCUACUGUGUUAUUCCUAGCAACGACAAGUUUCCGAUUCUAUAUUCUUUCCUAAAAAAGAAAAAGUCUAAGAAGGUCAUGGUGUUCUUUUCGUCAUGUAGCUCAGUCAACUUCCAUGCGGAGCUUCUAAAUUUUCUCCAUAUAGAGUGUUCUGAGAUCCAUGGGAAACAAAAGCAGCAGAAACGAACUACAACAUUCUUUAACUUUUGCAAGGCAGAAAGUGGCAUCUUAUUAUGCACUAAUGUUGCUGCACGCGGUCUUGAUAUUCCCGAUGUGGAUUAUAUUGUGCAAUAUGACCCUCCGGAUGAACCAAAGGAAUACAUUCACAGAGUUGGCCGUACUGCACGUGGCGAGAAGGGAAAAGGAAGUGCCUUAUUGUUCUUACUGCCACAAGAAUUAAAGUUUCUUAUUUACCUGAAGGAAGCCAAUAUUUCUCCCACAGAAUACGUGUUAAAUAAAAAGCAAGUGCCAAAUUUGCAGCCAUACCUUGAGAAAAUCGUUGGUGAGAAUGACAUCCUCAAACAGUCAGCUAAAGAAGCCUAUAGAUCGUACAUUUUGGCAUACAACUCACACUCCAUGAAAGACAUUUUUAAUGUUCAUGGACUUGAUAUAAAGGAGGUAGCAGCAUCAUUCUGUCUUGGUAACCCUCCAAAACUGAGCUUGAACCUGGCGAGCAGCGCCUCCAAACAGAGGAAGAAGAUGAGGAAAAUGGAUCCCGGGAGGAGGCGGUGAUGAUAAAAGGUGAACCUGAACCGGGCGAGUAGUUCGCGAUAGUGUAGAGGGCCAAUAUUUUUCAGUGGGUCGCAGCGGCAGUAAUGUUAAUAUCAGAGCUUGCUCUACAAUUUUUGUAUAGAUAACUUACCAC